UAUCUAAGAUUAUUUAGUCUUAUGAUUUGCAGUAAGAAACGUGUCAGCUUUAUUAGAAAAAAUAAAAAGACAGUUAUUUUAACAGUUUUUACCUUAUAUUUUACCUUAUAAGUGUGUAAUAAAAGUGCGUUGCAGACAUGGCAAAUGACAGACCGUUAGCUGCGCAUGAAAUUUUAGAUGCUUUAGAAAAUGUUUCUGAUAAUGAAGAAGAUUAUAGAGAACGACUGAUAUGUAUUCUACCUCCUCCUGUUGAUCCUGACUGUCUCACUGACGAAGAUUCGGGUGAAGAAGAUAAUGUAACUUUGAAUAAUUUGCCACGAAACAUUCUGCUUCAACCGGCUGAAGUAAUGAUUCAAGGGCAGAUUAUGGUGAGUGAUACAGAAGAAGAACCUUCUGAUUCUACAGGUCGAACUAAACGUAGGCGUACCUACGCAUGGAGAAAACGGGACUUGGCAAAAAAUCCCGUGAAUUGGCCAGAUGUUCAAGGCGCUUGCCAAGAUAAGCGCCCAAUUGAGUGGUUUGAAAACUUCUUAGAUGAAGAUGUUAUUUCGUUGUUGGUGUCAGAGAGCAAUAAAUAUGCUGUCAAAAAGAAUUUGCCUGGAGACAUAACCACUGAAGAUAUGAAAUGUUUCAUCGGCAUAUUGUUGGUUAGUGGUUAUUCAUGGCUCCCCCGUAGAAGAAUGUAUUGGGAAAACUCCCCUGAUACAAAGAAUGAAUUGAUCAGCUCAGCUAUGACUAGGGAUAGAUUUGACUUUAUUUUUCGCCACCUUCAUGUCAAUGAUAAUCUGGAUUUGCAAGACAAAUACACAAAAGUACGCCCCUUAGUUACACUUCUAAAUAAAAAGUUCUUAGAGUUUUCUCCUCUUGAAGAGCAUUACAGUGUAGAUGAGGCCAUGAUCCCCUACUAUGGUAAAAAUGCCAAAAGAGGGCCUAGCCGACCCUCCCAUCAUGAAUAUGCUGAUAGUCGUAAAGACCAAAUGAAUCAUCUGGUUAUUCCUCAAUCGAAGCAAACACACUGUCGUCAAUGUCACAAAAAAUGUUUGACACGUUGCAAGAAAUGUGAUGUUGGAGUGUGUGUCAAGUGUUUUGAAACAUAUCAUUCAUAAAUAGUGUUAAUCUAGUAAAUUACAUAUAACAAUGGGUAAUAUAAUCAAUAGUUAUCUAAUAAACUACACUUUUUGAUUACAUUCUGUUUUGUCAUAAAUGGUCUUUUAUUUCCUCUUAUUAUCCUACUGUCCUACAUAUAGGACGGCUGUUUCCCUGAAAGCCUUACACUUAAUUUUUUUUUCAUAAUUUUUUUU